UAAGGCUCGCAGAAGUUGCUGAGAGAGCCGCAGACGUGGGACUGCCCUGGCAAUUGCACACAAAGGUCCUAUUAGCAGACCAGGUAGCCUCUUUCAGGGCCCUGCUUCUCUUGGGCAUCAUGGCUCCAAAGCGCAAGCCCUCGGUACAGACUGGGGGACCGGAAAAGAAGAAAGGGCGGCAGGGGGCAGAGGAGGAGGACAGCUUCCGCUCCACGGCUGAGGCCCUCAGGGCCGCACCUGCAGAGAAGCGCAUCAUCCGUGUGGACCCCGCAUGCCCGCUCAGCAGUGACCCUGGGACCCAGGUGCACGAGGACUACGACUGCACGCUGAACCAGACCAACAUCGGCAGCAACAACAACAAAUUCUACAUCAUCCAGCUGCUGAAGGAGGGCGCCGGCUUCGCCUGCUGGAACCGCUGGGGCCGCGUGGGAGAGGUGGGCCAGUCGAAGAUCAGCCGCUUCACACAGCUGGAAGAUGCAAGGAAGGACUUCGAGAAGAAAUUCCGGGACAAGACGAAGAACAACUGGGCGGAGCGGGACAGCUUUGUGGCCCACCCCGGCAAGUACACGCUUAUCGAAGUGCAGGGCGAGGACGAGACCCAGGAGGUCGUGAUGAAGGUGGACGGAGGCCCACUAAAGGCCGUGGCUAAGCGGGUGCGGCCCUGCUCCCUGGACGCAGCCACACAGAAUCUCAUCACCAACAUCUUCAGCAAAGAGAUGUUCAAGAAUGCCAUGACUCUCAUGAACCUGGAUGUGAAGAAGAUGCCCCUGGGAAAGUUGAGCAAGCAGCAGAUCGCACGAGGCUUUGAGGCCUUGGAGGCCCUGGAGGUGGCCCUGAAAGCACCCACGGGCAGCAGCCAGAGCCUCGAGGAGCUGUCCUCCCACUUCUACACGGUCAUCCCGCACAACUUCGGCCGUAGCCGGCCCCCACCCAUUAACUCCCCCGAGAUCCUGCAGGCCAAGAAGGACAUGCUGCUGGUGCUGGCAGACAUCGAGCUGGCCCAGGCCCUGCAGGUGGCCCCCGAGCAGGAGGAGAUGGUGCAGGAGGUGCCACACCCACUGGACCGAGACUACCAGCUCCUCAAGUGCCACCUUCAGCUGCUGGACUCUGGGGCGCCCGAGUACAAGGUGGUACAGACCUACCUGAAACAGACAGGCUGCGAAUACAGGUGCCCCGUUCUUCAGCACGUCUGGAAAGUGAACCGAGAAGGAGAGGGAGACAGGUUCCAGGCCCACUCCCAGCUGGGCAAUCGGAAGCUGCUGUGGCACGGCACCAACGUGGCUGUGGUGGCCGCCAUCCUCACCAGUGGGCUCCGCAUCAUGCCCCAUUCUGGUGGCCGCGUUGGCAAGGGCAUCUACUUCGCCUCGGAGAACAGGAAGUCAGCUGCCUACGUCACUGGCAUGUCCUGCGGGGCACACCACAUCGGCUACAUGUUCCUGAGUGAGGUGGCACUGGGCAAAGAGUACCACAUCACCGUCGACGAGCCCAGCUUGACGUGUCCCCCCACUGGCUUCAACAGUGUCAUCGCCCGAGGCCACACAGAGCCUGAUCCGACCCACGACACUGAGCUGGAGCUCGACGGCCAGCGGGUGGCGGUGCCCCAGGGUCAGCCCAUGUGCUGCCCAGAGUUCAGCAGCUCCAGAUUUUCCCAAAGUGAGUACCUCAUCUACCAAGAGAGCCAGUGUCGCCUGCGCUACCUGCUGGAGAUCCGCCUCUGAGCACCCGCUGCCGCCUGGGGUCUGCCCGUCUCUGAGAGCUCCGUGUCGGCCUUUUCUUCUCCAGUGACGUGAUCCGUUCUUACUGUCUGUGUCACAACAGAGCUCUUGAACCUACUCCUUCUAA